GGUUGGAGGGGCGGGGUUAGCGCCUUGCUGGAAACACAGCGCUGUGAUGUGCGCGCUCCUGCAUUGUGCCGCACAAAUGCACUGAUUAAUCCGCACUCGUUACAGUUUAACUGCCCGUUACUCGUCCAAACCACCGAAGCUGGAAAUCUCCCUCACAUUGAACACUUACACAUAAUGGGUGGACACAGGCUGUGCUGCUCCGCACGUCACUAUUAGUCUCCACAUAAGCCAUCCGAAAGUAUCCUACAAGAGAGUGUUUGGUGGCUCCGGGGACAGCAUGGCACAGGUGGAGGAGCCUCAAACCGAGGGAGAGGGAAGCCCCCAGACCAUCUCCUUAAGAUCAGAGGUAUCGGGGAACCACGUGGACGACGGAGACGCGGGGCCUUCCGUCAGGAGGAAGAGGAGGAAGAAGAAAGACCCGCGUCCGGAGUCCAUUAUUGUUUACCGCUCUGAGAUGGAGAGGGCGCCGGGAGAGGACCAAGACGUUGAAGAGGGACCAGAAAGGAGCUCGGAGGAGGGAGCGAAAUUUCUCUGCACGCCUACUGGCGAAGGAGAAGGAUGGAGUCUUCCUCCAGACAGCCGCUACGUGACCCUGACGGGCACCAUCACCCGGGGGAAGAAGAAGGGCCAGGUCGUCGACAUCCACCUCACUUUGACGGAGCGGGAAAUCCGGGAUCUGGCCAAGUCGAAGGAACGCCUCGACGCAGAGUGCGAGGCCGGGGACGGCGGCAAGCGCACCUGCAGUUUAGGCGUGUGCCACGGACCCCACGUCGUCCUGUGGAGCCUCUCCUGCGCCCCUGUCAUUUUCCUCCUCUCCUUCAUCACCUCCUUCUACUACGGCACUCUGACCUGGUACAACGUCUUCCUGGUGUACAACGAAGAGCGGACCUUCUGGCACAAGAUCACGAUAUGCCCCUUCCUCAUCAUCUUCUACCCCAUGCUCAUCAUGCCCGUGGCGCUGUCGCUGGCGCUGUACUCCGCCGUGGUGCAGGUGUCCUGGGCCUUCAGCGAGUGGUGGCAGGACGUGAGGGACCUGGAGAAGGGCUUCUGCGGCUGGGCCUGCGGGAAGCUGGGACUGGAGGACUGCUCCCCGUACAGCAUAGUGGAGCUGCUCGACUCGGACACCGUCUCCGGCACUCUGCACAGCAAGGCUCCCAGUGAACUCGCCCAGACGUCCUCGGUGUGAAUUUGGGACUUAAAUGCCAGAACGUUUUAGUCAGUCCCGGUGAAGCACUUGAAAUCUGUUUACUUUUCUGUAAAUGAAAACCAAACACUGCCUGAUUUGUCCUGAAAUGCUGAACUGUGUAUUAUUUUGUAAAACACUAUUGGAUCAAGAUCAUUCUAGAUGAUUCCCUUUAGCGUGGGAGUGGAAAUGUUCAUGUAAGUUAUUUUUCAAUCACUUAUUCCUACGCAUGACCUUGUAAAUACAGGUAGGUUUAGAUUAACUGGCGGUGGUCAUUCAUUUGACGCCUGAAAGUCAAACCAAGUUUACCUUCAUCUGUAAAUAUCUGUAACUAAGUGUGAUCACUCAGCUGUGCACUGAAAUCAAAAU